AAAUAUGAAAUAUAAUAAAUUAUUCUACGUCACUUACAAGUAAUCUAGCUUUGCAGCAAAGAUGUUGACACUGAUGAGAAAAGGGUCAAUGGUUGUUAGUACGGCUGCCCUGACACUCGGCCUGGGAACGUCUGCUUUCAGCAUAUCAAGUAUGGCAGCUGGUGGUGAAUCAUGGAAAAAUGCCAGUUCAAUUUACGAGUUCAACGCAAAAGACAUUGAUGGAAAUGAAGUAUCUCUUGAGAAAUACAAGGGGCACGUUUGUCUAAUCGUCAAUGUCGCUUGCAAAUGAGGCCUCACAGAUAAGAACUACACUCAGCUACAGGCUUUGCACACCAAGUACGCUGAGGAGAAGGGCCUUCGCAUCCUUGCCUUUCCCUGCAACCAGUUUGGAGGACAGGAGCCAUGGCCCGAGGACCAGAUCAAAAAGUAUGUCACAGAGAAGUAUGGGGCGCAGUUUGACUUAUUUGCCAAGAUUGAAGUAAAUGGCGACAAAGCUCAUCCACUCUUCAAAUACCUUAAAAAGAAACAAAAAGGAACUUUAGGAGAUUUUAUAAAGUGGAAUUUCAGCAAGUUCUUGGUGGACAAGAAUGGACAGCCUGUCAAUAGAUACAGUCCCCAGACUGAACCAUUUGACAUUGAGAAGGAUUUGCUGAAGCUUUUUUAGCAAGUAACAAGUUGACUGGAUUGAAGAAGACUGGAAAGCUGCUGCAUGUCACACAGACUAUCUUCUUCCUCACAACAGAUUCUUUGAUGACUCGACCCAAAAACCCAUUUGGGGGGACGAAUCUGAUUGCAACAUGUGCAAGUUGCAUCUGGUUGUUUGGGAAAGGGUUGGUUCCUGUUUGACAUCUCACCAACUUUCUCAUUUACAUUUCCAAAAAAGAUAGUGCUCUCUUUCUUAAAUUGAAUGUGAGAUUAUAUGUCAAGAAAAUGAAAUGAUGCAAUUCUUUACUCACUGUGACUGUAGUUUUUUUUUUUUUCUUCACCUCAUUUUUUCUUCUUUUCUGUUAGUCAGGCUUAAUGGUUGACUGGUAUUAAUGACAACCCUAAACUGUGCACAAAGAAAUGAUCAUUAUGUGAUACAACUGGUGUGAUGGCAUAUCAUGCCUCUGGUUUUAAAUACUUUUUCUGCAUAUCAUGUGGCUUUUCCACUGCAUAUUUUGCCUUUUUGUAACUGAUACAUUGAUAAUCCGAUCUUUUUAUCAUAAAUCAUGCAAGAAUCUGUCAUCUUUCUUGGGCCAUGAAUAUGCUGCCUGAUAAGGAAGUUAUCUCUUUUUUUAACUGUAAUAGCUGAAUGACAGAUUUUAGUCAGCAUGACCAUUCCAUAGCCUUUUUAUAGCUCUUUUUAUAUCAUUGGAUUUAGUAGAAUGAUCACUCCAUCAGUCUAUCAUUUUUUUCCAGCACAUUAAUAAUGUGUGCUUCUUUGUGGUAAGACAGAUGAAAUCAAGUAUUUGCUGGUUAAUAAUUAGCAGAACAAAAGACAUAUUAAGUGGAAUUCACCAGAGAGAUUGGUAACGACAACGAGCUGAAUGAGAUCAACAAAAUACUUAGCUCUCCAUAUACAGUUUACAACCGUGAACACAAAUGUCUUCAUAGCUACAACUCAGUUGUAUUGAUCUACCCAUAUUUAAUGAGUUAAAAUCAUGCAAAAUACUUCCUGUAAAAUAAACAGAAAAGUUUAUUAUUAAUAUUGAUGAUUGAAUUUUUAAACUGCAUAUCCCCAUAUGGAUGCAUGCUCAGUGUACUGCUCAUAAAGUCUACAAACGAAAUGAUGGUCAACUAUAUGAAAGUAUGUAUUCUAAUGCCAUGACAAAACCUAAACAUAGUUUACACAUAAAGAACUGAGGAGUAAAUGGAAAAGUACUCUUGAUUAUGCAAGAUAUUUUGUAAUGAGAUGGGUUUUGAGGUAGGAUUAGAAAAUAGACAUAGAAGAGAAAGGAGCAGUGAAUUUCAAUGGGGCGGGAGAAAGAAAAGGAGCAGAGAAUUCCAGUGGGGUCUGAGAAAGGAAAGGAGCAUUGAAUUCUGUUGGAUGUUUAGACACAGAAAGGAUGGUUACACAAACACUGAAGCAACUGGAUGGGUGGUAAGGCAUCAGUACCCCAGACAGGUAAAGCCACAAUCAGAAAUCCUUAAAGCAGUGUAUACUGUUCUCCAGAUGCCUUUGUUUUUCCCUCAUUUUGAAAUUGUGUAUCAAAUUAUGAAGUAGAUGAAGCUUUGGAUCACAGUACCAUUAAAGUGACAAACAUGUCCUGGUCCCACCUUCAUUUGUCUAAAUGCUGCACUUCGAAAAAAAAAUUCACAUUGUUUGAAAUCUAUAAUGCAAUGAAUAUGAAUCUAAAUUAGGAUUGCCUCACUCAGUUUCUUAGCACAAUCUCCUUACACAGCCUUUUUUUUAAAGUGUUAAAAGUUAUUCAGAUGUUGUGCUGCUUCUCAGGAGGCAUAAUAUGUUGUCAAGUAAAUUAGUUGUGAUUAUUGUAGUUCAAAGAAUCAUUAAAAUGAAGAUGCAGACAUG